AUGACAUGGGUGGAGCACACCGAGCGAGAGGCUAAAACAAGCUUUGCAUGGGGUUGGGAUGGGAACGGAUACGUACCGAAAGGGCCGAACGAGGCGGAGACGACGCAGAGCAGCCACGGUGAGGAUCAGGAACGGCGGCGUCGAUUGCCAGGGAGAGUGAGAAGGGGCGAGCAGGAUGGGCGGAACGGCGAUCUACCCAAGAAGCCGGAUGCUAUACGCCGUACUGAGCCGCAACCGCAGAAAAUCGACGCGCCACUGCUUCUGGACGCUGCUCCACUCAAGGUCAAGCUCAGUCGAUGGGUCACUGUGAAGCGCCGACGGUCAGAGCUCGAUAUUCUUGACCAUCUCAUCAUCCUCUCUGCAUUCUUCUCUCCCCUCACAUCAACUAAAGGAUCGACCAGCAAUUCUCGGAAGCAGACAAGCCUUUGGAACGAGAACCCGAGUAGAUCGACCGCGCUUCGACUCCCAGUGCUCCGCGCAUCGCUCUCUUCCAACCACUCCGUCAUACACUCGGCCAUGCUCCGCUCGAUAUCCUCGCGGUCAGCGCCGGGUCGCCUUGGCCUCGUCGCCUCCCGCUCUACGCAGCAGCUUGUCGCCUCCCCUUCUUCUUCAGCAGCUGUCUACCGAUCCUUCACUCACCUCUCCAGAUCAACACAGCACCCAGCUCCUCCCUCUUCCCUGCAAAGAUUCUCGGCGCCAAGGGUGCAGCUUCGUCACUAUGCCACACCGGCUGAGGAGGAAGACAAGAAGAACCGCUCCGCAAAGGAGUCAGAGGAAGACGACAAGAAGAAGAAGGACUUCGAAGAGUCGGUAGAGCGUGGUCUCAAGGAGGCUCGUCAGGGCAAAGCCAGCGGCAGCCUUCCCGAGAAUCUCAAGCAGUUCUUCGAGAGCGAUGACAAGAAGCCCACUGCGAGCAAGAACAACAAGGAGUCCGAAGCAGACGAGGACGACGUUGCCGAGAAGAAAAAGAAGAAGGCCGAAAAGUCUUCUGGCGCCAACGGCUCAAGCGGCGGCGGACCCAAUGGUCAGUUCACCGAGAUCCGUAUCAACGCUAACACCAUCCUCGCCACCAUCGUGUCCACCUACCUCUUUUAUCGCCUCACAUCUCCCGACCAGCCUAGCCGCGAGAUCACAUGGCAGGAGUUCCGCACCGCAUUCCUCGACAAGGGUCUCGUCGAUCGUUUGGUUGUCGUCAACCGCUCCAAGGUCAAGGUUUACCUGCACUCGAACGCCACAGGUUCCAUGUACCCCUCGCCCAACGGAGGUUCGAGCACCCCUGCUGGAGGCAGUGGUCAUGCCGCCUACUGGUUCAGCGUCGGCAGCGUCGAAGCCUUCGAGCGACGUCUCGACGAGGCCCAGCGCGAGCUCGAGAUUCCUGCCAACGAGAGGAUUCCAGUCGCCUACCACGAAGAGAUCUCGACCGCCUCCACUCUGCUUCACUUUGCUCCAACGCUGCUCAUCGCUGGUCUCCUCUUCUGGAUGUCGAGACGCGCUGCUGGUGGCGCCAUGGGCGGAGGUGGCGGCGGAGGACCCGGCGGCAUCUUUGGUAUCGGCAAGUCGAGGGCCAAGAUGUUCAACCAGGAGACCGACGUAAAGACCAAGUUUAAGCACGUCGCCGGCAUGGACGAAGCCAAGGAGGAGAUCAUGGAGUUUGUCAACUUCCUCAAGAAGCCCGAAAAGUACGAGAAGCUCGGUGCAAAGAUCCCGCGCGGUGCCAUCCUCUCUGGCCCCCCCGGUACCGGUAAGACGCUGCUGGCCAAGGCUACCGCCGGCGAAGCUGCCGUACCCUUCCUGUCCGUUUCGGGUUCCGAAUUCGUCGAGAUGUUUGUCGGUGUCGGUCCCAGCCGAGUCCGAGACAUGUUCGCCAACGCCAAGAAGCACGCUCCCUGCAUCAUCUUCAUCGACGAGAUCGACGCCAUCGGUAAGAGUCGUGGCAAGGGCGGCAACUUUGGAGGCAACGACGAGCGCGAGUCGACGCUCAACGAGUUGCUCGUCCAGAUGGACGGCUUCGGCACCGAGGAGCACGUCGUCGUGCUCGCUGGUACCAACCGGCCCGACGUGCUCGACGCUGCGCUCAUGCGUCCCGGCCGUUUCGAUCGACACAUCGCCAUCGAUCGUCCCGACAUUUCCGGUCGAAAGGACAUCUUUCUCGUCCACCUCAAGCCUCUCACCCUCCACACCGACACGCAUCGUGACCUUCUCGCGGAGAAGCUCAGUACGCUCACUCCCGGCUUCAGCGGUGCCGAUGUCGCCAACGUCUGCAACGAAGCUGCCCUGAUCGCUGCCCGCGGUGGCGCAGAAUCGAUCGAGGAGCACCACUUCGAGAUGGCCAUCGAGCGAGUCAUUGCCGGUCUCGAGAAGAAGUCGCGCGUGCUUUCGCCCGAGGAGAAGAAGACGGUGGCCUACCACGAGGCAGGUCACGCUGUCUGCGGAUGGUUCCUCGAGCACGCCGAUCCGCUGCUCAAGGUCUCCAUCAUCCCACGCGGCGUCGGCGCCCUCGGGUACGCUCAGUACUUGCCCAAGGAGCGCUACCUCUUUUCGACGGAACAGCUCCUGGACCGAAUGUGCAUGACGCUCGGUGGUCGUGUCUCGGAAGAGAUCUUCUUCACCACCAUCACCACGGGUGCACAGGACGAUCUCUCCAAGAUCACGCGCAUGGCCUUUGAGAUCUGCGCUUCGUACGGUAUGAACAAGGAGCUCGGCCCCGUCUCCUACCGCACCGAACAAGAAUCGAUGCACAAGCCUUACUCGGAACGCACCGGCGAGAUGCUCGACUUUGAGGUUCGCAAGAUGGUGUCAGAGGCGCACAAACGUACAACGCAGCUUUUGUCGGAUCAUCGUGCAGAUGUGGAAAAAGUGGCCAAGUUGCUGCUGGAGAAGGAGGUCAUCACACGAGAGGACAUGAGGAACUUGCUCGGUCCGAGACCGUUCAGCCAUGCAGACGAGGCAGAUCAGUACCUCGACAAGAAGGGUCGAUUGAAGAGGAAAGGUGAGGUGAGCGCUCCACCACCGCCGCCCGAAGAGAUGCCUAGUCCUGGUCUGGCGACCAAGGCGCUCAGCGACGAGCAGAAGAACCUCUAA